AUGCAAGCACCUGAAAUUAGCCUCAAAGUAGUUUCCACACUGACAGAGCUGAUAGCUUCAUGUGAAACUAACAUCAAGAUCCUUUCUGGAAUUUCAGAGAGCGAUGACGCCACCUUUGAUCUUGCGUGUAUCCAAAAUCGGCUCAAUUCACUCAUCCCGAUGCUUGAAUCCACAGAAAAAGUUAUUCGGAUGGAAUAUUUACCACUGCUAAGUAAGUCAAAGGAAAAAUUGAGUCCCAGCAUCAAAAAAAUUUUACCGUCACUUGAAGAAGUGUCACUUAACUUUUGGAAUGCUUUGAAUAUCAAACAAAAGGAGAGCGAAGAACCAGAAGAGGAUGGCUCAACAGUCAAAACCUGGAAACUUGAAUUCAAGAAGAUGAUGAGCCUGAAAUAUUUCGUCUCUUUGUUAUUGUCUUUAUUUGCAUUGUUGAAUUUUUUGAAUGACAAAGUUAAAAUCCGUAAAACGGGAAAACAAGUGAAGAAAUAUGUUGAAAGCCUAUGCGCAUAUUAUGAUAAUAACAAGUUAGGCAAAGAAGAAAAAAAUAAGUAUGAAACUUUGAAAGUUGAAUUUCUUAUAAUGGACAUGCAAUCAUCUUUACUCUCAAAAAACAUCUCAAUGGCCAAAUUUUAUGAACAUAAAGCGAACAUUCUUGAUAGGUGUUCUGCAAUGAAACCUGGAAAUGUUUUCAGCAUCUGUCGCACGUUGUACAAUGAAGGACUGAGACUUUACAAGGAAGAACAGUACCAUGACUCCCAUUAUUUUCUCCAAAAAUGCUACCUAAUUUUGGAAAAGAUGGAUACGUUCAAAGACCCAAGUGUUGAGAGCGAGAUAAAAGUGUCAACUUUAAUCAUGUUGUCGAAAUGCUGUAUGAAAAUGAACAGUAAAGAAUCGUUUACUGAAGCCAGCAAACUACUGAAGCUUUUGCAGCUAAAUGAAAAUGAGAAGAUUGAGACAUUGCAAUUGCAAAUCGAGUUAAUCGAUUAUCAAAAGUUAGCAAAUAAUGAUGCAGAAGACUUGAUUAUGAAAACUGUUAUUAAAAUCUGUUCAAAAACCGAAAUUCUAAAGCAAGUCAUGGUAGUGCUCAAUGCUUAUUCAAGCAAGUGUCCAACGACUGCUAAGAAUUGCUUAUUUUAUGUUUUCACUAAUAAAAUCGAUUUUGAAAAUCCAAAAUUUCGGGAAGUUAUUGAAUCCUACCUCAUAUCCCUAAUCUGGAUUAUCACAUCACAGCUAAAAACAGAAAACUCGUCGGAGAAAUUGAAUGCUGUAAAAACUAUACUUGAGGUUGGGAAUAGAAAACUAAGAUUUGAGCUUUCUAUUGACUCUGCUAAUUGUUUAGUAAUAAUGUUGUGGAGCAUGGGUAGAAAAAAUAUGAAAGAAGAAAACUACCAGGAAGCUAUGAGUUGGUUUGAGUGUUGCUUUGUGAGUCUCUUAAAUAGGUCAAAAGAAAGUCAGCAGGAUACUAUUGGAAAAAUUCAACGAAGCAUUCUACAUUGCUGCUUGAAAAUGCAUGAUACUGGUACUUUUGAAAACACAUUGAGAGAUAUGAAUGAUUUGAGCAGAAAAAAUCCGAUUACAUUGUAUUACCGAUUUGUAAAUAUGCUAGAGAAUCACGGUACAGAAAUUGAUGAUGAUACUGCACAUGAAAUUUUGACAGCAUUAUCACGAUGCAAUGAUUUAAAAACAAUAAAUAUGCUAGCUCUUUGUGUCGUUGAAAGUAAAAAUUAUCUUGAUAGCAACUGCCAUGAUAGAGACAAACCAUUUCUUGAUGAACCGUUGAAACACGCAGUUAGCAAAUUGCUAAACAAAUGUAACAAUAUUGACACAAAAAACUCCGAGUAUUUGGUUCUCGUGGCAAUGAGAGCUUCUGUCUAUAUUUUUGGAAAACGCCUUGAGAAUGGGCUUAAAAAGGACGAAACAGAAAAAAUGUCAUUGGAAAAUGUUGAAAUGAUUGAAAAGUCAGUCGAUCAGUUUCUCUGCUAUGCAAAGGUAAAUAGAGAAGGAAGCCAUAUUAAAGAUAUAAACAAUGACAUUGAAUGGUUUUCUAGCACAUGUUUCAACUGCGGAUUACUACUGCUGGAAAACAACAUUUUUGACACUAGAGGUGUAAAAUUAUUCGAAGCUACAAUCAGGUUGAUAGAGUUGUUCAAUGAGUCAGAUGAUAAGAACAACGAUAGGUUUCUCAAGUGGAAAUGCAAAUCUAUCAUUUUUUUGAGCUUUUGUGAACGUGAGCAGAUAAGACAAGGCGGCAAUAAUGUGAAACAAAAGUGGAAUGCAAUCAGAGUUAUGAACCAGCAGGUAGUUGAGCAGAUUAGCCUUAUCCACAAAGAUAACGAUUACAAAGACAUCAUGCUUCAAGGCCUAUAUCUUAUUAACGAGAGCUUGAUAAAUUGCAAUGAAUGGACUAGCCUAAUCAAGAGGAUCAAAGAUAUGAACGAAUACGGUAAAAAUCAUACGGAAGAUAACCAGCAGAUAGAUGCUAUGGUAGAAAAUAUAUUUAACUGGAUUCCGGAUGGGGAUGCAGAACAAAGGGGUGGAAUGAUAAGAGUUAUCGAAACCAUUUUUGCCGAAAGGGGGUUCAAAAAUGAGUUUGCCGUCAGAACACGAAUGCUCUUCAGGUGGCUUCAUCUCAUGUUGACCAAGAUGACGGAAAACGUUGCCUUUGAAGAUCAGCAGCUUUGCUACAUUCGGAUGUUCCGAGACAUUCUAGCCGAAACGCCAACCGACGGCGCUGAUAGACUCAAAGAUUACGAGAUCGAGUGGCUGGCCGGUGUGUGUUGGAACAAGGGCAUUGAGACGAUUUUACGCUGCAAAGCCGCUAUUGAGGCAGCCGACGUUGAGGACGUCGGCAUGGAUGACAGUUAUGCAGACGAGGAUAAGGAAUUUUUUAUAGCGGCAGUCGCAGAUCCGGCCAACAGCAUGCUUGGCGGGAAAGGGUUGCCGUGGUGUGAGAUUGCGAUAGAGAUUACAGUGCCGGGAAGCUGCAAUGCGCUGGAAUGCAGAACCUGCUCGCGAAGUUAG